AUGCGGUCCUCUCAAAUUCUACCCAAUGCCGUCAGUGACAUGCAGCGCUUCUAUGGUCUAGAGGUCACUGGAGAGAUGGACCCUGCCGCACUGAAGGCCAUGAGAAGGCCUCGCUGUGGAGUCCCAGACAAAUCUGUUGAGCAGGCUGAGAAUGGUGUGAGGCGGAAACGCUACGCUCUCACUGGAUCUCCAGACAAUGCUCCCACUCAGGACCCACCCGCCACCGCUGAUGAUGACACUGCCCCAAACCAAAACCCCACCACCACUGCUCCUCCAGACCUAGACUCCACCACCACUGCUCCUCUAGACCGAGCCCCCAUCACCACCCCUGAUAGUCCCCUUGAGACAGACCCCUUCAGCCCUACCUAUACCCCAGACCAACAAGAACCAAAUCCCACCUACGCACCUCCCCUCCCUCCGAUACCCGACCCAGACCCCACCAUCCCCUGGCCUGAUCCAGUGCCGGUGACCCCUUACAUCAGGAGGGAUGAGCCUCGUCGCCCCCCAAAGCAGCCAGAACACACUGCCCCCAAUAUCUGUGACGGGGACUUUGAUACGGUCACCAUGCUGCGAGGGGAGAUGUUCGUCUUCAAGGGUCGCUGGUUCUGGAGAGUUAGAAGGAACCUUGUCCUGGACAACUACCCAAUGCCUAUCUCGGUCUUCUGGGUUGGACUACCUGAUGAUAUAGACUCUGAUUAUGAACGACAUGAUGGAAAAUGUGUCUUUUUCAAAGAUACUGGCGUUUUGAUGAAGAGUUUCGCACCAGUGACAGCGACUACCCGAAACUUAUCUCCAGGUGGGGCAAGGUCCCAUCCUCUGCUACCACCGAAAUGUACUCCUGGGCUGCAAUAUCCGGACCCCUUCAACAGCCGGUAUGGGGCAUGGAACCCCGCAGAUCCCCUACGACUGGAAUACCGACAUAAUCUGCCUGAGGACUACAGGCCCCUCAGGCGCGACGUCACCGCACGAAGAGGCAAAAACAGACCUACC